AUGCCCACCGCCUACUCGGCCCUGCCCCUCGGGCCCGGCGCACACCCGCCCUCGUCCUCGUCGAGCGCGACCGCGCACGCCCGCCGCCGGAGCUCCGCCUCUCGCACGGCGCUCCUCCUCCCCGCCGUCGUCCACGCGCACCGCCGCUCCCUCGCCCUCGUCGCCCUCGUCGCCCUCCUCUUCUGCAGCACGGCCCUCCUCAGCACGAGCGACGCCGCCGAGCAGGGUGGAGGAGGGGUCGCCGCGCGCCUGAGCGACACGGCGCGGCGACCUUUCGCGGCCGCGUUCGAGCAGAGCACGCGCGCGAGGGAGGCGGCCGCGGCGGCGCUGAGGGACCGAUGGGGCGGAGGAGGGAGGUCCGAGGCGGGCGAGGGCGCGGCACGAGGAGAGGGCGAGGCGGCGGGCGGCGAGGGCCGAGGAGCGAGCGAGGGAGCGCUCGCUGCCGUCGUCGAGACGGACGAGGUCGACGACGAGGCGGGCCUCGCUCGACCCAAGGGCGCGCAGGCCGCCAAGAAGCGGCCUCGGCCAUUCGGCAAGGCCGGCUCCGCCACCGCUCCUCCGCUCGACGACCUCGUCGACGACGCCGACCCCGACGCCGCCGGCUCGCGCCCCUCCUCCUCGUCGUCAGGCACCUCGUCGAGUCACCUCGGGGCCGGCGCAGCGGCCGCCGACGCGCUCCUCGACGCCGACCUCCUCGCCGACCAGCCGGGCCUCGCAGCGCUCGAGGACGCGGCGGUGCGCGCCCCCAUGGCCGCCAUCGUGCCCGCCGCGCCGCACCGCAGCAACGACGCCGACGAGCCGGCGGCGGACAGCGAGGGGCACGCGGCGGCUGCGCCCGUCGUCGCGGCUGCUGCCGGACGAGGCGGUGCGAAAAAGCCGAGCAGCGCCGACGCCGCCGACGAAGCGGCGUCCUCCUCGUCGGACGACGACGCUCCCGCAGCAGCACCAGCCGCCGGUGCGCCCCGCCCUCAGAUCGGCACCGGUGGCCGGCUCGGCUCGGGCGCCGCAUCCGACCUCAAGCCGCCGACGCGGGUCGGGGCCGGCGAGAAGGCGGGCGCGCUCGUCAAGGCCGAGGCGGGGCGGCGCGUUGGGACGGGCGCGAGGCCUGGCGCAAAGGGCAUGGGGACGCGCGAGCGCGAGGGCGCGCACGAGGCGGUCGGGAGGAGGGUGAGGAGGCGGAGGGGGUCGAGCGCGGCGAGGCGAUAG